AGAAGAGAAAAACAAAAUGAUCGGGUUGGAAGAUGUGUACAAGGUAGUGGUGGCUGUGAUUCCACUCUAUGUCGCUUUGGUGUUAGGAUAUGGUUCAGUGAGGUGGUGGAACAUCUUCACAAAGGAGCAAUGUGAAGCAAUAAACAAGCUAGUAUGCUACUUCACCUUGCCACUCUUCACUUUUGAGUUCACUGCUCAUAUUGAUCCUUUCAAGAUGAACUUCUUGUUCAUAGCUGCAGACACCUUGUCAAAGUUCAUCAUCAUGAUGGUGCUUGCCCUUUGGGCCAAGUGUAGUAGCAAAGGGAGCUUUUGCUGGUCUAUAACAAGUUUCUCUUUGUGCACUCUUACCAAUGCUUUGGUUGUUGGAGUUCCAAUGGUGAAGGCCAUGUAUGGACCCCUUGGUGUUGACCUUGUGGUUCAGUCCUCGGUUGUGCAAGCCAUCAUAUGGCUCACUUUGCUUCUCUUUGUCUUGGAGUUUCGAAGAGCAGGAAUUGAGGGUACCAUCAACUUAAAAUCGACGAAAACAACAACCAUUGACAACCAUAGUAAUGUGAUGGGUGAAGGUGGACGAGGAAAAGAUAUUGAGGCAACACCAACAACGGUAGCAAUGGAUGUAAAUCAGGAGUUGAUGUUAGACGAUACUAUUAGUAAUAGGCCUCCUUUCUGCAAGUUGAUGAAGCAUGUGUGGCUCAAACUUGUGAUGAACCCAAACUCUUACGGUUGUGUGAUUGGCAUUUCUUGGGCUUUCGUAUCUAACAGGUGGAAUUUGGAGAUGCCAAGUAUGGUAGAUGGGUCUAUACAGAUCAUGUCAAAGGCCGGGAUGGGAACUGCCAUGUUUAGCAUGGGUAUUUUCAUGGCACUUCAGGAGAAGUUGAUUGCAUGUGGACCAAGUUUGACUGUAUUCGGUUUGGUUUUGAAGUUUAUUGCAGGACCAGCAGCAAUGGCUAUUAGUGCCAUCGUUGUAGGAUUACGUGGUGAUGUUUUGCGAGUCGCUAUCAUUCAGGCUGCCGUACCACAGUCCAUCACAUCCUUCAUUUACGCAAAAGAAUAUGGACUGCAUCCAGAGGUUCUUAGCACUGCGGUGAUCUUUGGUAUGAUUGUUUCACUUCCUGUCUUAGUUGGCUACUACGCAAUAUUGGAGUUUAUACAUUAACUCAGAGAUCCUUUAUGAAGAGGGUUUGAAAAGAAGGACAAUUCAAACUAAUUUUUUUUUUUUAAAGUUAACUGAAGCUAUAGCUACUCAAUUGUGCCAUGGAUGACCUUGUUAUAAUUUGUAAUUUAAUUUGAUUUUGACUCCUAUUAGGCAACCAGGGAAUUAUAUCCCAUGGGUAUGUAAUACAAACCUUGAAAUU